AUGGAGCCGGGCAACACUAUGCCGCCAGAGUCGACGGUUGGCAAGCAGCAGUCUCCAAUUGUGACUUGUCGGCGGAAGGGCCUCCAGACGAUUCUCAAAAUAUCCUCUCAAGAAAAGAGUCAAGCGACUGGAAGGUGUUCAUCGGUCACAUCUGCCUUCCACUCGAGAAAGUCCCAUACGAAAUCGCGCAUGGGCUGUAUGAACUGCAAGCGGCGACGGGUUAAAUGCGAUGAAAACAGGAAUGGUGGAUGCUUGAAAUGUCGACGCCACGGCAUUGAUUGUGACUACGAGAGUCAAGCCUCGCCUGGAAAUGGCGUCCUCAACUCAGCAAAUGCCCGGUUGCUCAGCCCCUUUGACUUGGACAGGAGCCAGUCCAGUGCUUCAAUCCCUGUAAUACUCCGUGCUGCUGCACUGUCAACGCCGUUAUCAACGCCGCUACGGGCGGCUCUUACACCAACAUUCCCAUUUGCGGAAGAGCAUCCCAAGGGCAUGAUUCCAGUUCUACAGACCCUCCAACACUUUGACACCGUCACCUACUGUUCUAUGGGGUCUGUUAUUGCCCAGGACAUCAUCAAGGAAUGCGUGCAUGGUGUUGCGGUGGAGAAGCCAUAUUUGUUGCAUGCUGUCAGUGGCAUCUCGGCCGCACAUCUCUGCCAUCUCCUGCCUGCCGACCAGCAUCCCGUCCAACACCGCCAAAGUAAACUGGCAGAUGCGUACCAUUGGCACAAAGCCCUCACGUUGUUUCGCCGCGAGCUAUCCUCAGGCGUCAAUAGGCAAAACAUGGACGCCCUCAUAUCCACGAAUCUCUUGGUCUGCGUCCACCAGUUUAUGCUGACCGACCAUCUUCCAAAUCCAGGAAAAAGUUUCGUGUAUGCCUCUCCUGAGGAGAGGUCCAAACGCACAAAGUGGCUGACGAUCCAGCAUGGAUUUGAGGCUUUGAGGGAUGAGCUCAGAGAACAAGUCUGGGAUUCGGUUUGGAAACCAGUCCUGGUGGAUGCGAAUAUAAGCCAGGGUGCCCCAUUAAUCUCCGUGGCACCAAAGGAGGAUGAGGUACACGCCUUGUUCCUCGACAUAUGCCAAGUCAGCAAGCAUUCAUCCGCGGACAACAACCCCUACUACAAUGCAUUGACAUACUUGUUGUUUUUGCGCCAGCUAGAGCCAACAAUGAACACAUUCAACAAGCUGAUCACAUUCGUAGGAGUCGUCCACGGCGAAUACUACCGACUGUUGCUGGAGCGAGACAAACCUGCCUUAUUGAUCCUGGCACAUUGGCUGGCGCUGAUGACGGAGCUCCGACAAUGGUGGAUAAGUGGCAGAAGCAAGAGCGAGUGCAUUGCCAUCACCACCUUUUUGAUGUGUGACAAAGACAGAACGGUUAGAAGACUACUGGAAUACCCUGCGAGAGUCGUGGGGCUGGCAGUUUGA